AUGGAAUGUUCAUGCGUUGGAUUUAACGAUUUACCUGGUGAAAUCCUUAUGAUUAUUUUCAAAAAAAUGAACAAUCUUGAAGUACUUUAUUCUUUACAAAGUGUUAAUCAACGAUUAAAUAAAAUUGUUCAAGAUUCGACUUUUACAAGUCGUUUGACUUUUGUCAAAAGAUGCUCAGAUAAUUUUAUCGAUGUAUUUCAUUGUAAUAUGAUGCUUAAUCGAUUUUGUUUACAAAUUUUACCUGAAAUUCAUGAUAAAAUCAAAUGGCUUGAUCUUGAAUCAUCAUCUAUGAAGAAUGUUUUAUGUGCUGCUACUUCUCCUAAUUUAUAUGGUCUUGGCCUUUAUAAUAUUAAUGAAGAGUCAGCUCGAUGUCUUUUGGCUGGUAGCAUUAGGUCAUAA